AUGUCCGGCCACAAUCCUCCUCAUGGCCGGCUUGGACAGCCGAGUACGACGUGGAAUCCUUUGCAGGUACCAUCCUAUGUGCCGAGGCAACCGCAACUAGCGCACAUGUCCAGCGAACGCUCAAUGGCUCGAUCACCCUUAACAUGGCACACACCACCAACACACCAGGAUAAAGUGUACAAUUUGAUGACCGGGAAUCUAAUGAAUAGUAUUGAAAAUAAUCCUUUACUACAAGGAUACGGUCGUACUAGUGUGGGUAUACCGUUAGGAUCGGUAGACCUUUCGCUUUCGUCGGUCGCCCGCAGCACGCCGUCUCCUAAGGCCAAUCAUCCGCACAACAUUUCUGGCGUAUCGCAAAUCCUCCCCCCUCAGUCUUCAUCUUCCGUUACACUGCCAUCGAACAUUCCUGCCAUUGUCCACACGACGACUGCGGAUCACACGAGCAAUCUUACACGUAUCACAACGACCGCUGCGAAUCUUGUCCCGUCUGCGACUGCAAGUGUUAUACAAUCGACUGCUACCACGUGUUCCACAACGACUGCUACUUCGACAACUGCAGCUGCGGCGGUUGCUGCUGCGCUCAAGGAUUGUAUACAAGGAACGUAUGGUUCACAAGAGGGUGGAAAUACGACAACGAACUUCAGCAACGCCGCCAAUGAUGGAUCGCACGGGUCUACCAGUGGAGGAGGAAACGGAUUCGGGGUUCCCCCAGUUCUUGGAUGCCGCGUUGGUAGUGAUAUUGCUUCUUUCAUGACGGGCGGUUUGCUUAUAAAAGAUGCGAAACAGAUAAACAGUGAAAUGGACAGUAAAAACGGCCGCGAUUGUUUUUCCCAUCUAACUUCGGCAGAUUCAUCUGAUUUGGUGAAAGAUUUCAUCAUGCACGCUAUACAAAAUAGCAAUUCCUUGCCGGUUUCGCCGAAACGGACAUCACCACAGCGGACAUCAGUUCAAUCCAGCUACAGCCCCGACAGGAGUCGCAGUCCAGCGUCAAACUUGUUGCACGCGUCAUCGACGUUAGAAGGAAAGUUAGGGCUGGACUGUGUUAACAGUGCUUUUCCCUCGCUUAACUGCAAUAAUACGCCCAUGCCACUGAGAUUGAACGCUGAAAUGAAACAAUCGACUUCGGUAGAAUCGACGGAAACAUCCAACAAUGGAGUCGCUGUAACAUCAGUUACACCUAACUGUAAUCCGGCUGCUUCUCCAACAAACAAUAGCAUCACAUCGAACGAGGAUUCAGUCGAUUCUUCAAGUGGUUGCAGUAAGUCAAGGCGAAGGCGGAAACCAGAGCGAACGAGCAAAAUGAAUCCAACGAGCGUCGGUGCCAGUGACCACGAGGAGGGACAGCCAUUUUUCGGUCCCGACCACAAAGCUAUAGAUGGCAUUCUCGAACCGCUACGUUCAAACAUUGCAGGACGCAGUGACAUCACCGCACUUGCAAUCGAAGGUAUAAAUGCUCUGAGCAAGUGCUUACCGGGCGUAACAAACAGCCAUCCUGCAGUGACCGAUUUACCGGAAAGCAGUCGAUUAAAUAGCAUUCACGCGAGCCGUGAUCAUCACCUUCCCGCCGUGCAGGCGGGUCUCGUCGAAGCGCCACAAAACCUCAUCCAAAGCAAUAGCACUCUCAGUAGCGGCAGCGUUAGUAACGUCGGCAUCAGUCCUGUUAUCAGGGCUUCGUCGCCCCAAACGAUGAUAGUACCCCCGGCAGCCCUUGCAAACUCCUGUACUAAGCUCCCUCUUUCGGCAAGUGGUCUGUCAGUGGCCGCCGCUACAGUGGCCGCUGCCAUCGAAUCCGUGCGCAAAAUUGAGCCGGAGGAUUGUAAUGAAAGCAUCGGUAAAAUUGCUGCAAUGGUAUCAUCCGUGGCGGCAAAUGUGAGCAUGAUUAGCACGGCAUCCACUGCGCAUGGAGAAGCAGCGUUCAUAGGAAACGGCACCGAACACAAUGCCGGCGAAACUAAUUGUAAUGGACCCCUGGCGCAGCACAAAACUUCGGCAACUGUGAACCAAUCGAAGGGUAAAUUGAAUGAAAAAGACAAUGCUUCCGAAAGCAGCUAUGAGGAGGUUGAAAAUAAAUUGGAACAAAUGUUUGCUGGCAUCGAGGAAGAAAAGGCUGAACUAUCGACCAAACCUAUCGAGGGAAAGAUGCGAAGCGGUGUCAGUGGCAACAAUGGCUGCCUUCCCGUGGACGAAACCGCCAAUCUUUGUUCUCGUUCCGAAGAUAAAACAUCUUUUGCAGUAACGGAUGGUGAUGUGUUGAAGCAGUUGUCGUGCGAUUCCAUCGCAAGCGAAGGAGAGCAGCCGCAGGAGAACAAAACAAUAAGUGUAGAAAGCAGCAAAUCCGUCACACCCGAAACUAGUGCAACUUCUGCUGCUGGCAGCGGAAGGAAACCACUGACGCCAGCACAAAAACGUGCCAAUGGCACCAAUUCCAUGGAAACAAGUACACCGAUCGUGAAGCGGAAGAGGGCACCGAAAAAGAAGAGCGCGUAUUCGGCCAAGGUUAAUCCCUUCCUUGAGCCGGAUACACAGAAAAUCAUGGGCUUGAAGGCGCUGGCAAAGGGAAAAGGAAAAUGUGGAAAAGCGUUUGGUUCAAGCGGGAAAACGAAGGGCAAAGCGGACAAAAAGAUGAACGCGGCGCCGAAUAGCGGCGAACGGAUAUCAGCAGCGGUCACUACUGCGUCGAGUUGGGCCGGACCAUCGAGCAGUACAGACAUCACGUAUAGCAAGCUCAAGGGGCCUUACGUGCAAGUCAAAGCGAACGGUAACCAUACAGUUAUUAAUGCGCCUAUCAACGACGAAGAUGACGAAAAGCCACAGAACAAAUUGGCGAAAAAGUUUUCCACUUCGAUCAACGUUUCCGAGCGCAGCAAGAUUCGAGGAUUGCACGUCAGCACCCUCAGCACGAAAUACGACGCAGACACAACCGACACAAGCUGGAUGUGUGUGUUCUGCAAGACAGGGCCGCACAAGUUUCGGCUGGGUGAUCUGUUUGGACCGUACAUUAUAAGCACGGACUCGAAUGAGUAUAAACAAAGCGAAGUGGACUUGGACUUCUUUAGUGUUAAGCGGACACGUGAGACAUUGGAAUCGAAACAAGCCAAGCAAAGGAGGGUGGCCGAGCAGCAACAGCAACAGAAGCAGACGGGAAGCUCAAAAGGUAGAAAAAGAAAAAAUGCCGCCUCCACGAGCAACGCGACAAUCCCAUCUGAAGUCCCUUCCAAGUCCUCAGUAAUGGUGUUAAAGGAAGAAAAAAGUGAAGAUGCCCAUCGGCAGCAGUUGGAAGACAUAUUCUACGGCAUGAUUACAGCGGGCGAUAACACCUACGAGGUGUGGACGCACGAAGAAUGUCUAGUGUGGGCACCGGGUGUCCAUAUGGUGGGAACGAGAGUGAUAGGUCUAGAGGCCGCGAUCUGGAACUGCUGCCGGCACCGCUGUCAGUUCUGCUCAUAUAACGGUGCGGUAGUUAGUUGCCUGAGCCAGGGAUGUACCGCCAAGGCGCAUUUCAUCUGUGCUCAUAAGCAAAACUGGAAGCUGACGAAGGAAUAUAAAUCGUUUUGUGAACUACAUUCAGCUAGUGUCAAAGAACCGGCUGAUAGUGGCCGGAGUGGGGUGGACAUGUCGUCGUCUUCGUAUCGGUAGAUCGUAGAAAAGUGUUUGCUGAGUGUGACGGUGGGAAUUUUGGCAUUUUUUUGGACAAAAAUUAAACGAGCUGAUUCGCGCGGUGAAUUGUUAGCGCGAGAGUGUCUCUGGACUGGCGACGGUCCUUAAAGGUUUCUGCAGAUAAAAUGAUGCUUAAAUAUCAAAGACCGGCGGAUAAACAACCCAAAACCACUACUCUAAAACUCACAGCGUGAAACUCUGAUCGGAUGAAUGGAAUAUUACGCCAUGCCGUGGUCCUCGUUCGAUGUGUAUGUAUUUUGUUAAGUGUAUAAAUUACCCUGUCCAUCAGCAUUGCAAUAAUUUGUUUGUAAUGCCGGUGUUGGAAAAUGUUAUUUUUAUCAGCUAUGCAAACCACCUCAAUAAUGUAUUCAGUUAGGCCAAAAACCCACUCACACGUUUUUGUGUUAAAAACCACUUGAAACACGUGGAUCUUGUGUUUUGUAGCGUUCUUUUAAAUGUAUUAUGACGAACUCGUUUUCGAUAACAACAUGUCCUUGCGAUAGUCUGCCGUAAGUUAUGCGAGUGUGUUUGUGUGCGUGCGUGUAUUGCUUGAUGUCCAACUGGCGGUCGAAAAUCAGACAAAUGUCAUUCACAUGAGACCAUAAGAUAACUUUUCCACUGACAUGUUUCAACUCACCUUCCGUACUUACGUAACCCGCAAAUGCUGUUUUAUUUUCCCAUCCUUCCAAUAUGUGUCAAUAAGAUUCUGAAGUCGCGUUAAAAGUAUUUCUGAUACGAAUGCUAGCGAUUGCCCUCAUUCAGCACUCACUCAAUCACACGCAAACCUUACGCGUUGAAGUUAAUGGCAGCUUUCGAAAAAUUGUACUGUUACAAAGUGCAAAAAUGGCAACGGAAGGUGGUCAGGCCAUCGCAUCAAUUACAUCAGAAUUGUAUAUUUUAUAGGUUGCUAGUAUUGUGUGUGAAGCCAAUCCAAUCAACAAGAAACCAAUUCAAUAUUGUAUUUUUCACACAAAUGACGAAUCUCGCGCGCGACAAUGUGCAUCGCAAGAUGCUCGGCCACGGUGCUCGGAAACUUAACAUAUUUAUUAUGAUUAUCAUCAUCACGAAGAAGAAUUGCAACCUGCACAAAAGAAUGUCUCUCAUUCAUGCCAUGCUGAUAUUCUGAUCAGAAUGCGAAACAGAAGCAUAAUUGUACAUAAUCGCAUACCAAACGCCCAAUCCCCCGCUCGCGUCGUCGGCCUCUGUGUGUAUGUAAUGGCGGAUUCAAACCAUGAUUUUAAACACUCUUUAACAGCGGUCGGAUGGUCGGACCAAAUUGGUUCGAACCCGGUGGUUGUAGAAGAGGUAAAUACUAUUAUUGAGCUAGGAUUACAAUUUAUAGAAAGCACUUUAAGAUGAAAUUAAUUUCUAAUUUUAACUCAUUCCCGUCCGUGUCGUUAGUAGCAAUUUAGUCGUUCUUUAAACGAAACACAUGGGAAAUGGGAAUGCGACGACAUGGGGCGGGAAGCGUAACAUGACAAACAUCAACUUAAUCCCAUUCCCAGCACAAAGUACGUAACGCACUGUGAGGUGUUUUACGCAUCGUAAUGAAAUUAUUUUGAAUUUCAGUGAGUGCUACAGGAUUAAGUGAACUAGGCAGAUCUUGAGCAAACAAGAGAACGGAUCAAGACUAGCAGAGGAAAACAGUUCAAUCAAACGGUUACGGUCAGCUUUUCGCGCAGUAGUGCAUGUCACAUCCGUGUGGUAAAGGCAAAGAGCAAAAACUCACACAGCGAUCGCGGGUGACGGCGAAACAUAAAAUAAGUUGUAACGACAGAUUGCUGAAUGAAGUUUGUCGUCUACAUGUGAUUUAACGUUAAAAAAGGAUGUAAAAAUAUUGAGAAGUAAUAAAACUAUUUAACAAACCAGAGACAUAA